AUGGCUGAGGUACAUCGGAUCGGUUUGACCCAACUCUCCAAGGAGAAGGAAAAUGGGGAGGAAGCAUUUCAAGUUAAUGUUGUUUUCAUCCAUGGCCUAAACGGCCAUCCAAAAGACACAUGGACAGACCAUCGUCCAGUAGGUGAUACUGGUCAGCCCAGACGAAAGCGAUGGAAAUGGAAAUCGGAUCGAUUAAGUAAGGCGCAGUAUGCGUCUGGAAGCAACGAGCCUUCAGGAAAAGAAGUUUUUUGGCCACGCGACUUCCUUGUGCCCGAUUGGCCAGAGGCCAGAGUGUGGACAUACGGGUAUAACGCAGACAUUAUUUCUGGGCUAUUUCAGGCGAAUAGCAAAAAUAGUAUAUCUCAGCAUGAUCAGGAUCUAGCUAAUAGCUUGUCGUUUUAUUUCCAAUAUGAGGAGCCAAUCAUAUUCGUAGCCCAUAGUCUCGGCGGCGUACUUGUUAAAGAUGAUGUCUUCGUCAAGCUACUCGAAAACUGCGAUACCAAGAACACGGUCUGCAUUUUAGAUGCCUUCGACGAAUGCGAAGAGCAGGGGCGUCGUCGACUAACAGCAGCCUUAUGUGAACUAUAUGAUUCCAGGCCGAGUAUGUCUUCCUCUUCCAUAAAAUUCCUAUUAACAAGUCGACCAUAUAGCCCUAUUCAACGGGGCUUCCAAGUCUUAGAAAACAAGAUGCGUAUUAUCCAUUUGAAUGGGGAGAAUGAAGAAGAGGUCGACAAAAUUUGCCAAGAAAUCGACAUCGUCAUUACAGCGAGGCUCGAUAACGUGACUGGAAAACUUCAGCUGUCUCGGGCUCAGCGAUAUUUGUUACAGCAGGAACUUACUCGGACUCCCCACCGCACAUAUCUAUGGGUGUACCUCAUCUUUGAAAUGAUAGAAGACAUCACGUGGAUUACAGAAGACGAUCUAUUGUCAUCUAUUCGCAAGCUCCCUAAAACUGUUGAAGCUGCGUACGAGAAGAUCUUAUAUCGGUGCCGCGACCAAGUAUUAGCUAAGCAUAUCCUUCGUAUCGUGGUUACCGCCGAAAGACCUUUAUCAUUAAAGGAGAUGGCAAUGACCCUGACUAUUAGAGAACAUCAUCGGAAACUUGGCGAAAUAAAGCUACAGACGGAAGAGGUAUUCCGGAAGACGAUCAGAGACAUCUGCGGCCUCUUUGUUACUAUCGUUGACUCGCGGAUUUAUUUGCUCCAUCAAACGGCAAGGGAACUGCUAAUUAGGCGGCAACCCCCUGGCGGGUUUGAUCACAGACCAGAUAAUUUUUGGUGGGGUUUUUCAUUUGAACUGGUCUUAUCGCAUCAUAGUCUUGCGGAGACGUGUAUAAGGCAACUUCUACUUGAAGAUUUUAAAUUUCCUCUACCUGAAGGUCACGCCGUCAAGUAUGCGAGCGAAUAUUGGUUAACGCACUGGCAACGUGCUCAAAUUGAGGAUGACGCACCAAUCCAACAACUACUAUUUCGUUUAUUCUCCAAGUUUCGACUAUGA